UGUGAUUUCAUCUCAUCUCUCUCCAGACGUUGCAUAAUCGGUUUUGUGACUUUGGCAGAAGAAGACAUAAGAAAGUGAUGAGAAAUAUUCUGCAGAAUUUCGUGCCAGUUGUGGGAUUAUUGAGUAUCUAUGGAAGUGUGGAGUCAAGUUCAUCGCCAGGCAUUAAACCAAUUUGGAAUGCCACUUGGACGGACAACCUCAAGAGGGACUUGUUCAUGAACUAUGAUAAAUUCGCGAGGCCGGAGGAGUACUAUAACACAACAAAUGUGGAAAUUGGCCUCACUAUUUUGCACAUUGAUGUUCAAGAGGUCAAAUCUACAAUGACAAUUCAUGGAUGGAUCAAAUUUAAAUGGAACGAUCCGAAGCUGCGCUGGAAUGAAUCGGACUACGGCGGUUUGACCACUAUUCAUGUGGCUGAUCAUGAAAUCUGGCAGCCGGAUGUUGUCCUUUACAACAGCGCUGCCGGAAAUACAAUUGAUCACUAUGGAAAUACUCACUCGAUCCUCAGCAGUAACGGGGACGUUUUGUGGGUGCCUCCUUACCAAUUCACAGUCUUCUGCGCCUUCGACCUGACGAGCUGGCCUCUGGAUCAACACACCUGCCCAGUGACGAUUGGCUCCUGGACGUACGAUGGCAACAAGAUUAACCUGGACAUUUGGAAUGGCGAGGGGAUCACUCUGGAAAUGUACAUGCUCAAUCACGAGUGGGACAUUGUGGACACGCACUUAAAGCGGAACGAGAAGAUCUACGUGUGCUGUCCCGAACCGUACGUGGACAUUUCCUACAACAUCACCAUCGCCCGAAAAUCGCCCAUGCACAAGGCCAUUGUCGUGACUCCGGUGACCGUGAUUGUCCUCCUGACGUUGGCCACAUUCUGGCUUCCGCCCGCCGCUGGCGAGAAGAUUCUGCUGAACGGUGUGGUCGCAGUGGUCAUCUGGCUAUACAUGUUCUACCUUUACACACUGAUGCCCGCCAUGACAUUCAACACACCCUCGGUGGUCUUCUUCCUCAACUCGUGUCUCUACCUCGUGGGUUUCUCCACAGUGAUCGCAGUGGUGGUUAUCAGUCUGUCGCGGAACAAGUACGCCCUGGCCAUGCCGUGGGCAAUCAAAUCUGCCCUCGAUGGGCGCUUUGGGAAGCUCCUAGGAUUGCACUUCCUUCAAGUUCAACCGAACACUCAGCAACGCAGUGAAGAACUGCGCGAGCCUCCUUUUGAGGACAACAACACUCCCGAUGAUCGUCACAUGAUCCAUCCCGUGAGCAAGAGCUCGAGCCAGCAGGACUGGGUGGUUCUGGCCACAGCCAUCGACAGGCUGUCCUUCAUCGUUUACUGUUUCCUGUACGUGAUUCUCGCCACAAUCUAUUGCGUCUAACCACCAAAUCUACUCGCCAGCUUCCCUCGAUCAUUUCCAGCAUUUGAUAUUGCACGAAAGCUUGUUGCAUUUAUGUAAAUUGUAUAAAUAAAUUGAUAAGAAUAA